CUUACUUGGUCGAUGCCUCACUCACUGAAUACAGGACCUUUCUGGAAAACAAAAAGUCGAUAUCAUCAUGGCUGCAAUUACAUUUCUACUCUUCAUGUUCGCUGUUUUUCCAAGAAACAGAUGACUUUUUGGUAACAUUUUGUCUCCUAUAAGUGUCAUGAUAAGAAUCCAAUUCAUCGCCGUUUAGACAUGUCGAAUUUUCCACAACUGAUUUUACUACGCAGAUGGAUAGUAGAUCAGUUGUAAGCUUUUUUACGUUGCACCACUUUAUCUUUUCAUGCUCUUGUACAUAGAGAAUCAUGCUUGGAAAAUGAAUUCAGUUUUUGCGUGAAUCGUCCUUAGUUAAGACGGUCUAAAUCUCGGAUCGGCAAAACCUGUUUAGAGCACUUGUUCGUCACGUACUAUGUAUAUUACGGCUAUUAAAUAGCUAUCUUAGUGGAUAUUAUGAGAAAACGGACUCAGGAAAUGGACUUUGAAAUACAGUUUAUAAAGAAUUAAAUUAAGGGUUGGGGAAUUGAACGAUGAAAUUUACAAGGUCUUUUCCCUUGCCUAAACAAACAUCUUAAACCGCAGUGGAAGGUCUUCCUCUCGGAUUUGCAGUAUAUAUACCUUGUUAAAAUCAGAGCUAAUUAACAGUUUCAGUUUAUUUUGCGUUCUUUUUGUUAACCUGGUAACUUGCAAACAGAGUUUUAAAAAGGUUUUUUUUCCAUAUCGCUGUACGAAGAGAAGCCAAGGUGAAGCUCCUAUAAGGCCGCAAAUCGUAAUGCAAACUUGUGGGCUAACAAGCUGAGCAAUUGAUUCUCUCGUUGAAUAAUUCUACGUUAAGCUGAAAAAAUUCGUGGACAUAGUGUGGAAAUUCAAAAUGAAGACACUUAAACUUUUAUUCGUGCAUAUGAGCUAAAAUUUUGCGGUGGCUGAAAUCCGGCGUAAUCUCAAAGGUUAGGCAUUGCGACUUGUUACUUUAUGCUUGCUGCUAAAGAACCAAAGAAUUAAAACGUGUUCAAAUUAUCCAGUAGCUUUCGUAAGGAUGCUAACGUUUCUAGAACAAUAGAGUUAGUGAGUAAAAUUAGAAGAAUCAAGUGAGCUGACAAAAAAAUCAGAUCAUGCUCGUUAAACGUGCCUAUGUCGUAAUAAAAGCGAUCGGCAAAAGGGCCGUGCUAAUUUUAAACCUCUCCGAAAAUAAAAAGAAGUCGAUCUGGGACAAAAAUUCACAUCUCUAGUUUUUUAUGCUAGAGACGUUGAAGUCGUUUUUAAAACGGGACGAGUAAAUUGAAGUAGACGACAACAUUGUAACAACAACAACAACAACACUUAUUUUUCCAAGUUGUUAGUUUACGUCGUCCCGAUUUUACACACGCACUUCACAGAAGACGUUAAGGGCGUCAGACAAAUUAAUAAAUGCGUUUGUCUUUUUUACCGUACUCAUCGAGCGUUAGGCUACAAUAGACUAUUUCUUUUCUAAGAAAUCUUUUUAUUUUUAAAGUAGAACAAUCAAGAUUUGCUAAUUGAACAACGGUCGCCAAAUAAUUAGCAAUUAAUGAAUGAGGCUGAGUAGGAUAUGAAGAAUUAAGCAGAUCGAGGACAGUGUUAUCCACCGAAGCCGAAGGCCGAGGUGGAUAACACCUUCUUAUAAUAAUUCUUAGUUUAAAAACAUAACUAAACAUGCUUACCUGCAUCGAUGUUAAGUUCGUCUUCGAUGGUGUGCCUAGGUUUGUCCAGCUCCGCAAAUAUUCUCCAAAUAGCAGAUAUCGCCCUCCGAGUUGUCUUCUUGCUGUUUUUGCCAUGUUUUUUGCUAUUAUUACGCCUAGUUCAAGCUGUAGUUUUCACUCUUGAAACGAGUGAAGUGUCCGCCAUUUUUAUUUUCACAACCAAAACAACUCAGCCUCGUUCCCACGGUGCCUUAACCUAUAAGAACGCUGCAUUUUUGACGUCAUUUCCUCAUUUGCCUCUAAAACGAUUUUGUCAAUCUGCCUUUUAAGGUUUUGUCUGGUUGGCGAUGUUUAUUUGAAUUGUGGUUUUUACACGGAGCCGGUUGCAUUGUUUGCACAGAAUUUCAGUCAACAAUCAGCUUAUACUUUGUAUGGGGGAGGCUCAGCCCCCGAGGUCCAACCCCUUACCCUUUUUUAUUAUAUACAUACUGAGAAAUACUCACCAAAAAGCUACGUCGUAAAUUUUCGUUCGCAAAUUAGUUCUAGCCAAUCAGAGGAGCGAAAGAUGGUUUUCAAACGUGAAAAAAAUGAUACGUCCAAUCAGAAGCCACAGAGGUGUGUGAGUUUCGCGCCUUUUAUUGCAGCUUGCAGCGCCGCUUCGAACACAUUCAACGAGAAAAGUUUUACUCAAAGAGUUUUUCUCGCUAAAAAAGUGAAAAACAUUUCGGAAAUGGAGUGGAAUAGUUUCGUUUGUUUCACUGUCGAUAAAGAAAACGGUAGAGAACCGGCGAAACAACAGCGGAAAGGGAAAAACAGAACGAGACGUAAGCUUUUGUUGUGCUUUUUGUCGGAGCUACUUUGCCUUUCAUUUAAGCUUAAGCUUAUAUUGAAACCAGCCAUUUUACUUAAAUUCACUCAUUUUCAACUGUGCAUUGAGAACAAACAGUUAAGAUUACUUACAGUUCUUGGAUUACCUCAUAUCCUUACCGUCAUUUAUGUUUUAACAAACAUUUUUACUGAAAAGCUGAUGCUUCGUUUUCGUUGUCAUUUUGCAGUAAGUGUGUAGCGGCAAAUUUUAGCAUUUUUGAGAGAUUUGAAAUAAAAAGGCCGCCAAAAUGAUGAAUGUCUCAGUAUGUAUAUAAUAAACACAAUAGCACAUGAAAAGUGCUUUGUACGGUAUUUACGCACUCGUUGUUUUUGUCUCAGAAAUCUUACUCGUUCGCUGAGCUCACUCGUUCGAUUUCUGAUACGUCAACAACUCGUGCGUAAAUACCGUACGCCAGCACUUUCCAUGAAGUAUUCUCUAUAUCCUUUAUACAAAAAAAGAUAGGAUUUAAUUAAAGCUCAUAGCUUGUGGGGUCGUGUAGAAACAAUUACAUACCGGUACAUGGAAUGGCAAGGCUAGACCAGGGCAAGGAUUUCCUGUGGCGAGAGAAAAAGUUAUUCCAUGCUUUUUUUUAAAAAACAGAUAUAAGAAGUUUCCAAAGUAAUAUUAAUUUUAACUGAAUAUCAAUUGAAUUAUCAAUUAUCAAUUUUAACCGAAUAUCAAUUUGCUUUUAUCUCUGAAGUGCUGUGGUUGAUCUUGGCCGGAGUGUAUGCCAAGACAUGUGGAACAAAGCAACAAAUAAUCUCAUGAUCGGUCAGGAAAUAGGUGUUAACCCCAACCCAAACUCGCCAGAAAUUUUUUUCUUGAGCCCGAACGAGGUCAAAACAGAUACCGAGGAGUUUAAAAGAUUCAGAGGUAAUACUACAACAACGAGGAAAUAUAAUUAGUUUAAACAUUACAUCUAGAGUAAUCGCAAGGUCGCAGAGCUACCAUUUCAUUCUUUGUUGUGACAUAUGCAAGCAGGCAUAAUUCCGGAUUGUUAAAACGCUGGAUAGCUCUAUCCAGCGGAUAAGUGUUAUGGAACCACUGGCGACAGUGAUUUAUCCAGUGGAUAGCGUUACCCUCCUUUUAAAACAACUGGCGUACCGGAUAACUAUAAAGCACAUAAAUGUUGUUUAUAGUCAACUCUCUCUUAAAGGACACCUCCGUAUAUGACGGACCUCUCUAAGACAGACAACAGACACUUGCAGAGAAUCCAACCCUGUCAACUAAAAAGAGGGAGGUUUUAGAAGCGGCUUGUGCCAAAGUCGCGACACUCGAGGGGGGUCGAGGGGCCUUCUCCCCUGUGAAAAAUCUCAAGCCAGGUGCUUCUAUUAGAUGCCAUUUCCUUCAUUCUGAAAUCACAGUCAAUGAAAAUACCGUGUUCAUGUUCACAUUUCAAAAGGGUAAAAAUGGCUGAGAAACGACAGAGAAUCGUGCUAAAAAGACUUGUUAAACAAAAAAAGAAGAAGAGUUUCCAAAACCGGUAAAAUAUUAUUUGCUUCAUGAAAUUUUGGGGGCCUUAAAUCGGAAAUUAGUUGUUUCCGACUGGAAAAUUUCGUACUACAUGUACUUAUUGAAUGCAACACGAUUUUAAUAUUUACACAGGUGUGCUGGAAAGCGUUAAUCUUGAUGAGAACACAAGAAAGAAAAGGGAAGUAGCCUUUCUCUCUGAGAUUUGCAAACCAGGUGGUCCCAUGGAAGUGGCCUUAAAGUUUCUCAAAAAGGCUACUGUAAGUUUACUUUUGACGUUUUCUCAGUGUGUCCCCAAUAACGUGUGGCACGAAAUUUUUGGGGUUUGAAUUUUUGCGAUUUUUCCAGCGAUCCGCAAAAAUAAGUUCCCAGAAUAGAAAAUAUAAAAAUAUACAAAAAUACAAAAUUACAGCAAACAUUUUCCCCCCAAAAAUUUACUCCAGAGUAAAUAUUUUCUAAUUUAAAUUCGCUAGACAAAAAUACGGUACCAAGCCUCGUUUCUGUUCAAUUACAACUUGUCUGUAACUUUCAUUCAGAAACAGAACGGUAUACAAUGAAUUACUGGUUUUACAUGGGUGCGCAUACCGUAGUAUUAUUUCCAUUGCACGUACUUAACAAAAACAAAAACAUAAUCAAUGCUGGGUACUGGGUACUUUCUGAAAAUCGCAAAAAUUAAUUCCCAGAGAAAGAAAAAAACAAUCUGUCCUCAUAAGCAAAAAUUAGUUCCUGCAAAUCACAAAAAUUUUGUGCGACAUGGUAUGUUUUAUUUUUUUGAGAAGACAAACAAAAAAGUCCGCAUGAUUGCAUUGAUUGUAUACCAGACAAGGGUAAUGGAUAAAUUCGAUAAAUUCGUACUUCUCCGACAGUCCUGGGACAAGUAGGCCUUGAUCAUGAAUGCGAGGCUCAUGUGGGGAACUUCUCGCCAAGAGGGCAAAUAAAUAUGAGAAAACUGCGGCUGAUUUUACCGAGUUUCAGGAAAAUUUUAACAUUGUAAAGUUCCGAAGGGCUUACAUACUUGAGAGAUCAUUAUUUCAAACAAUAAAAGGAAGAUCUGCUCAUUGUUACUAAGAAAAACGGCGAUCCUAACCAUAAUUAUAUUGAUAAGAAGAGUGCUUGGCGAGCGAGUUUAUAAUUUAAUAUAAACAGAGAUGUUCUCAAAAUCCCCGAAGACAUUUUAAUUGUAAAUUUCAGUGUCCUUUAAACUUUUUGAAGAAUAUCUUUUAUUGAAAUGCACGUAAUUAUUUAAAGCCUGCGAUAAAGUUAACAGCGAUGUUAUCACACCUACUUUGCAGUUGAAAUUUUCUAAGAGAGCGGAUGCAAAAUCUUGAAUGUGUAUUUGAAGUAAACCAAACGACUCAUUCAGUGGAUGAUUACUUAUCAGGGCGGGGCUUAGCGUUUUGCACACAGUCCAUGUGCAUUUUAAGGAAGUUAAACUGGUUUGAACAAAGAUGACUAGGUGAAGUUUAUUUUUAAAUUUAAGUUACAUUUUCUUGAUUACUUCUUGUUUCUUCUUUUGGCUUCGUGGCUUUUUAACUUUUGCUGUUAGUACAACCAGCUAUUCCCACAGUUUUGUUUUUUUGAAACAGAUAUCCCUUUAGCUUACCCGCAAGGUUUCACAUUUUAAAUCUUGCAGUUUUUUUGCUGAUUUCUAUCGUUUUGCAGCGGUUCAGCCGCCACUAACCAAUGUUUGUUUGUGUUUUUGCCAAAAAGUUCCCCGCUUUAGCCUCGCAAUCAUGCUGUGAAGCCUCUCGUCCCAGGGCCGUCGGGGAAUACCAAUAUCGUCUAAUAAAUCGAUAAACUAAUAGAGAUAUUCGAAAAAUUUGUGGCCAAUCGACAUUUAUCGACUUUUACCGAAGUUGUCGAUAUUAUGAUUAACCAGUCUAUUUUCUUAGCCACACAAAUAACUGGUGGUAAGAAAAAUUUAAUCAAAAACUAACUUAAUCUGAAAGCGCUAUCUUAUACGGUUGGCACAGAGCAAAGCGCUUAGAGCAAUUCAAAAGAUACCGGCCAAACUUCUUUAACUGUCUAGUAAGUGAAUUCUAGGCUAGGUGUGUCUUGAUACAUACUCCUUGAAGCUACAUUGUUCUGUUUUAGUUAUAUAUGUUAUUCAUCGGCUGGGAGGUCCGUAUUGGGACUGAGGAACGUACUGUGCCCGAGGUCUUGAGUACCGGCGGUACUCAGACAGAAGGCACAGUUUCUCCCAAUAUGGACCGACCUAGGCCGAUAAAUAACAUUUUUAUUUUUUCCUACUGAGAAAGUUUCAGGAAAAUUUUCCUUCACCACCCAACGUAUGAGUGUUGAAGUAGGACACGUUCGUGUUGAUGAAGCGCGCGAUCGAUUGCAAACCAAAACAAAACAUUACAGCGUGAUAUAGCUCGGUAAUUUAUAUUUUGGCACUUACUGCUCUCUUUUAGAAUAAAGAAAGGAUUUUGUGUCUUGUUAGACAAUUCAGGCUAAGUGUCAAACAAGGAUAAAAGAAUAGACCUUGUCACGGUUUUCGACGCCAUCUUGACGAGUAGGCAAAUGCGUGAGAAAUUACGGUGUUUGUAUGAGAAUCUGAUGUCGAAUAAUUUCCGUAGAACGGCUGUUCUGAAAACAAUAUGAUUUUUAAACUAAAGCUUCACUCCUAAGGAUUCUCCUGAAAAAAAUUUGAGGGCGUUACAUGCACUAGAAGACCUAGAACCACUUUUUAAAAUUUUUUGUACAUUUGUCUGUAAGAAAGUCCCGGGAAAAUUACAGACAAACAUAUGGAGAAUCUAAAGCAAGCCUCUGGAGGAAUUUAAGCACAGGUACUUCCCCAAAUUUUUUUAGGACAAUCCUUUGCUUUGUAGCUUUAGUUUACAAUUGAUAUUUUUUUCAGAACAGCCGUUUUACGGAAACUAUUCGACAUUAGAUUCUCAUACAAACAAUGUAAUUUCUCACGCGUUUGCCUACUCGUCCAGAUGGCGUCGAAAACCGUGACAAGGUCUAUUAACGAGCUUGAUAUUAAAAGCCCCAGGAAAAAAAUACAGCAAGGAUUUUCUUCGGCUGAUUAAUUCAAAAAUUGCUUUAAGAUUAGUUCAAUCGAGCGGUAUGAAAACUGCACAAAGGAACUAAUUACACAUACCAAUCUCACGGUUUUGAACUGAAUCCGAAUAAAAGAAGACGAUGUGAGUAACAAGACAUGAAAACGGCGAUAACCGACUGCCGAAAAAGUGAUUCGUGUUGUUUAUUCAAGAUUGAAAGCUAAAUGCAAUCAUAUAGACAACAACCUUUUCUGAUAAGUAGAAUACUAGGGAGGCAAAAUUCAAUGGAAAACUACAGAAUCUAGAUUCAUACAGAAAAAAUGAAAAACAAAACUACAAACAGAGCAAAAAUGUCCAAUAAACGGUACAUGAAAGCAAGAUUGAAUUACUUACAGCCCUGUUAUAAAGCUAGCGAGGCGACAUCACCAGCCACCUGUUUUGCUUUACUUUAGCGGUUUUCCUGGCUGACUUGCUUGAUUCUCCCUUUAUAUUUUUGGCCGGAAUAAUA